AUGGCUUCAACAGCAGAUGAGGACCCUACGGUUUCUCGCGGCGAUAACGAGCCCGAGCUAACUAGCCAGGGCUCCAUGCAGACGCCGGCAACCGACGCUACCUCCAUCAGAACAGCUUUGCAUGUUGGUGCAACGUCGUCGCCAGCGUUACCGAGCCCUUCAAGCUCUGAUCCCUCACCUACAGCCGUAAGAUAUCGGCCUAAAACACCCUGUGGAUCUACCUCAGUUGGAGAUGGGUAUUUUGCCGGCCAUAGUAGAUUUCGCAGUCCUCAUCUGGUAACGCCCGGGCAGCCUACAUCAGUGCCGUCUUCAGCUCAGACCUCUUCAGCCUCGCUCAAUGCACUAGGAGAGGAGGCCGACACACUGGGUGCAUACUAUGGCUACAAUAUUGGCAGAGCAAGGUCCGCACAAGGUUCUCGCUCGAGGUCCCGACAACGAGGUGAUAGCAUGCACUCUAAGUCGCCUUCAUUAUCAUACAUUGAUCCGCCAAGAAUUGCAGACGACUUACCCACGUACCCCGAUCAGUCUUUUGCAGCUCUUCAUUCUCAGAGACCUGCCCCUCCGUUACGGACUCGAAGCUCAAACCCAUCGCAAAAUUCGCUGUUUACGUCUUUCUCGGCCUCUCCCUGGUCGGGUCGUGACCGCACCAAUUCUGUUCAAGGCGCCAAAACAGCUGGCAACACCCCAGUCUCGAGCCCAGGUCUUUUUUCACUCCGAGGCCCUCAACCCUCCAAUUCCGCGACUGUGGCCGAGAUCGCAGGCAGCGAAGCAAGCCCACGCCUGCAUCCCUCACAUCUUUUGACACCAAAAGAGACCCAUAUCGCUGAAAUAGAGCACGAUAUGUUCACCGGAAACAAGCUUAUCAACAGCUAUGAGGUUUUGACAGAGAUCGGACGUGGUGAGCAUGGCAAAGUCAAGCUCGGUCAGAACCUCGAAAAUGGAACUCGUGUAGCGGUUAAGAUCGUGCCCAGAUUCUCGAGCAAGCGUCGUCUGGGCAAACUCGGUGCACCGGAGGACCGAGUGAAGAAAGAGGUCGCCAUUUUGAAGAAAGCACGACAUCCAAAUGUGGUCAGCUUGUUGGAAGUGAUUGAUGAUCCAAACAAAAAGAAAGUCUAUAUUGUCCUGGAGUAUGUCGAACACGGCGAGAUAAGAUGGCGUAAGAAGGGUCUUCGAGAGAUUAUCCUAAUCAACAACCGACGCCUAGAAUUUGAGCGUCAGGGCAGAAAGGAAACCACAGAGACGUUCGACCAGGACAUGCUGAUCAUGCGAAGGGCACGCAUGUACCGCCAGCGCAUCCUAGAUCGAGCCAGGGCUGUAGGUCAGAACCCUGUUCCCUAUUGGAGCUUGGAAUAUGGAGCGGAAGAAGACGACGAUGCUGAAUCUCCCACCAUCAACCGAGUUGUCUCGACAACAACGCACUCUUCCGGCGGAGCAGGGACGAUUUCUAACGACGCACCAAGUGUGCCUUCAGAUCAUGGCGAACAGGAUCAGUGGUCACAGUAUGCUCAACUGCGCAGGGAAAGUCUUGCAAACACGAGUACGAUCUCACACCAAUCUUCCGAGCAUUGGGACGACGAUGACGACGAGUACUCCUACGUGCCCACCCUUACGCUUGCUGAAGCUAAGUCCGCUUUCCGUGACACUCUUCUGGGACUCGAGUUUCUCCAUUUCCAAGGCAUCAUCCACCGAGACAUCAAGCCUGCCAACCUCUUGGUUACGAGUGAUGGUCACGUCAAGAUAUCCGACUUCGGCGUAUCGUAUCUUGGAAAGCCACUGCGAGACGACGAAUUUGAUAAGCUUAGUGACAAGCUGAGCGAGCAAGAGGCCAAAGAGAUGGACGAUCCCAUUGCCUUGGCUAGAACCGUUGGGACACCUGCCUUCUUUGCUCCUGAACUGGUCUACUGGGAGACCAGUAUUUUCGAAGGCGGUAAGACACCAACAAUCACUGGAGCGAUCGACAUGUGGGCACUUGGGGUCACUCUCUACUGCAUGAUAUACGGCCGAAUCCCAUUCUUAGCCGAUAGUGAGUACGGCCUCAUACAGAAGAUCAUCCAGGAAGAGGUCUUCAUACCAAUGCAAAGACUCAAACCAGUCGAGCUUGGUCCAGAUUCUCGUGCAAGUUCGCAAGUCCACAUGGGGCAGGUCUCCAAUAGCGCAAAACGUGCGGAUAGCGAGCUUAUCUAUGAAGAUGUUCCAGAAACUCUUCGGGAGCUGAUCAGGCUGUUGCUCAUCAAAGACCCGGCUCAUCGCAUAUCAAUCGAAAAUGCUAAGAAGCAUCCUUGGGUCGUGGAAGGGAUUGAGAAUCCUGGCCGAUGGAUUGGAGACACCGAUCCCAGGAGGCAUGGCAAGGAGAAAAUCGUUGUGAGCGAGAUGGAUGUCUCUCACGCCGUGGUCAAGAAGACUGUCCUAGAGCGUGCGCUAGAUGGUGUCAAAGGCAUCGCAGGCAGUUUGAUGACUAAAGCACGAGAGAGCCGCAGACGUGCGACCAGUGUAGCCACAUCCGCAAGCGCUUCGGCCGAGUCUAUUGCACCACACUCUGGCUCGAGCGGGUCGACUGUGGGCAAAGACAAAAAUAGCAAGUUCGGUCGCCGAGCGAGCGUCCGUGGAGAUGAAUUUGCCACAGCGCUCAAGGCUUCCCGCGAAGGAGAGCACCAUCCUCUGUCGCAAAGUCACGUCGUCAGUCCAGGCUAUGAGGACAAUCGUUCAUACUUUGACCAUAACACCUCGAGUCAAGGGGUAAAGGCUUUAUCCACAGGCUGUAGCCCACUUCUCGAGACGGAGAAAACGUCACGUCCACAUGGUCCGGAGAGGAUGCUCUCGGCGUUGUCGACUGCCGACUCGACCAAGACCAUUCGAGCACCACAGCCAAAGGCUGGUCGAUCAAGUCUACUUGUCACGGAGCAUCAAGAGCUUCAGACCCCAGAUAUAUUUGAGACAACAGCCACAAGCAUUGGAAAUAUCUUCUCGGGUGCCGGAAAACGUUUGUCGGGUAUGAGGAGCCGAGAAAGGCAUCCUCUAGAUAGUAGUCGCUCCUCGUCAGCAGACGGUAGAUCUCCGGAAAGUACCGGCCAUUCCGAGCCAAGCAUAGCAGUCAGCAACGCAACAGCCUCCGGCAAGGUUACCACACCCGAGGCUUUGAGAGCAGAUACCAACCCGCUACAAGAGAUGCCGACUCAAACGCGCCCCUUGAGUCCUCAGCCGCGUCGGGUCUCGUUGUUUCAGCCACCGUCGUCUUCGGCCGAGGCUUUUGAACGUGCGCAAGAGGUAAAUCGACGUCGGCUGAAGCUUGACGCAGACAUUGAUGCUGAGCGAGCUGCGUCCAGGCUUGGAAGCCGGCGGCCAGAUCUUGACUGUCCACCAUCUCCGGACGAUGAGACUCACCACGAGCAUGUCCUUGCUGACAUGCAAGAUGAAGGCAACGGGCGAAUACCUCUCUCCAACCCACCAUCCGCCAGUACCAUCGCCUCGUCAGUAGCGGCAGAACAUGGUGGCAUCUCACAAAGUACUUCGCAUCCAAGCAUUCCAUCGGUCGCGUCAGGAGCAUCAUCUAUCUACCCAGAGGACCCUCCACUACGACGUAAAGGAGCACUUACCCUGCUGGAUGAGAAAGAGGUGCAGUCUCUGAUGAGCACCGGUCAGACGGUUACUACUCAUGAGAAACCCUCAACCAUGCAUGCAGGAGGCACCCUGCAAGGUGUCGGUUCGACAUCGGGCUCGUCGGAAGAUGAGUGUAGUUCUGAAGAUGAAGGCUUGACAUUUGGGCGGCCACGCAAGCGAAGCACUGCGAGUAAGGCCAAAACAUGA